AUGUCCGGUAACACUAUCCCGAACCUGCUAUCCCUUCGCGGUGCAAGGGGUGCAAGGGGCGGUCGCGGUCGCGGAAGAGGCCCUGGUGGCCCCUCCUCCUCGGGCCCAACUCAUGAUCAGACGAUCCAGGGAACCGACGACGACGCCGCUGGCUCGCGCCUGAGUGCCGUCAAUGUGGGAUAUCUCGCCGAUCCCUACGCACAGUUCUUUGUCGAAAACUUUUCUGGGCCCCCUCCGAGGAGAUUACCCAUCAUCAACCGAGGCACUUACACGAGAACCGUCGCUCUCGACAACCUCAUUGACGACUUCUUGGACGUGUCCAGUAGAGCACAGUCCGGCACCAGACAGAGACAAAUCAUCUCUCUAGGCGCUGGUACCGACACCCGUCCGUUCCGUCUCUUUCCCAGGGCCAACCGGCCUGAGCUCGUCUAUCACGAGCUUGACUUUGCGGUUACGGUCCGAAAGAAGGCACGCAUAGUGCAGUCCGUUCCUCCCUUGAGCCAAAUCCUUGGAGUGCUGUCCGUCGAGGAGGACGGAUCGUGGUCCUCGCGACCAUCCCAAACAGACGAGUACUAUUGUCACUCGCGCGACUUGCGCGAACUGGUGCAAGACGGCGCACCGCCCCUAGCAGGUCUCAGAACCGAUAUCCCAACCUUGCUAAUAUCGGAGUGCUGUCUCUGCUACCUCGAGACUUCCACAACCAAAGACGUUGUCGCGUGGUUCGAGCGGAAGAUCGCCAACCUCGGCAUCAUCGUCUAUGAACCAAUCAGACCCGACGAUCCAUUCGGCAAGAUGAUGACGUCCAACCUUGCGGCGAGGAGGAUACGCAUGCCGACCUUGGAAAACUACAAGCUCCCGCAGGACCAUACACAGCGUCUCCGUGAUGCAGGGUUUGAGCAUGCCCACGCCCUGACAGUCGAGCGCAUUUGGGAGAGUUGGGUUUCGACUGAGGAAAAGGAGCGGGUAGACCGGUUGGAGGGGCUUGACGAAGUCGAAGAAUGGAAGCUUCUCGCCGACCAUUACAUUGUGGCAUGGGGGUGGAGGGGUGCUGGGUUUAUGAUGCACGGCACAAACGGGGCGUAG